AAGUGAUCGCGGGGUGGGCGAUGACCAGGGGUACAGGUUCGGGCCUGCAGCUUGGGUCCGGGUACGGGGAGCAAUGAUCUCCGGAGGUGAAUGAAGGCUGGACCGGACGGCAGCAGGUCGCCUCUGAUGGACGAGUGGAAGCCGAACCCGCGAGCCAAGCCGUUCGUCCCGCGGCGGCACAGGAGCUGGUUCAUCAGCUGGAGGUACAGGCUGAGGGGACAGCGAUCGGCCAGGAGGCUGUGCCAGACUGGUGCACUCCUGUUUUUACUUGUGACCAUAAUUGUCAACAUUAAGCUUAUUUUGGACACAAGAAGAGCAGCAAAUGAAGAAGAGCUUGAAGAAGACUAUGACGAUGCAAUGCCUAAUAUGGAAACUGCUCGUAGGCCAUCACACGGCCGGAAGGUUCUGGACAUUGAAGUAUAUUCCAGCAGGUCAAAAGUCUAUGUUGCUGUUGAUGGAACCACAGUUCUUGAAGAUGAAGUCAAAGAGCAGAGUCGAGGAAUACACGUUAUUGUUCUGAAUCAAGCUACAGGUCAUGUUAUGGCCAAACGUGUGUUUGAUACCUAUUCACCCCACGAAGAUGAAGCUAUGAUCCUUUUCUUAAAUAUGGUGUCUCGUGGUAGAAUACUUCUCUUCACUAUUAAGGAUGAAGGAUCCUUCCACCUGAAAGAUGCAGCCAAAAACCUGCUGAAAGGCCUAGGCAGUCAAAUUGCCUCCUCACUCAGUUGGCGUGACAUGUGGACUUUCGUUGUAAAGAAAGGAGGUCAGGUAUAUGGUGAAAAACAUUCAAAAUCUCCUGCAUUGGCCACUUGGGGUGAUCCUGUUUUAUUGAAGACUGAAGUUCAGUUAACUUCGACUGAAGAUGCUGAGUGCCACUGGGCAGAUACAGAUGCGAAUCGCAGGAGGAAGACUUUCUGCAGUAAAGUGGAAGGAUAUGGGAGCAUCUGCAGCUGUAAGGAUCCAGCACCUAUUGAAUUUAAUCCUGAGCCUCUAAAAGAUAAUAAAGUGUAUGAUAUCCCAGUAGCAGUAAUAGCAGGGAACAGGCCUAACUACCUUUACAGGAUGUUGCGUUCAUUACUGUCUGCACAGGGUGUGAAUCCAGAGAAAAUCAUUGUUUUUAUUGAUGGUUACUAUGAGGAGCCAAUGGAUGUGGUAGAACUCUUUGGGUUGAAAGGUGUUCAGCAUACUCCCAUUAGUAUUAAAAAUGCUCGAGUUUCACAGCAUUACAAAGCCAGUUUGACAGCCACAUUCAAUUUACAUCCGGAUGCAAAGUUUACUGUGGUACUUGAGGAUGACUUGGAUAUCUCAGUGGAUUUUUUCAGUUUUCUCAGCCAAACAAUCCAUUUACUUGAAGAAGAUGAAAGUUUGUAUUGCAUAUCUGCUUGGAAUGAUCAGGGCUAUGAGCACACAGCAGAGGACAUUGCUCUGCUCUAUCGAGUGGAGAGUAUGCCAGGGCUUGGAUGGGUUCUAAAGAAGAGCCUUUAUAAAGAUGAGCUGGAGCCAAAGUGGCCAACACCAGAAAAGCUCUGGGACUGGGACAUGUGGGUGAGAAUGCCUGAGCAAAGAAAAGGUCGGGAAUGUAUUAUCCCAGAUGUAUCCAGAUCGUACCAUUUUGGCAUCGUUGGACUCAAUAUGAAUGGGUAUUUUCAUGAAGCUUAUUUCAAGAAACACAAGCUCAACACUGUUCCAAAUGUGCAGCUCAAAAACGUAGAUAGUUUGAAAAAGGAUGCAUAUGAGAAUGAAAUUCACAAGCUGGUAAGUGAGGCCAAGGUUCUAGACCAUACCAAAAACCCCUGUGAAGAUAGUUUCAUUCCAGACACCGAAGGAAAAAUCUACAUAAUGUACAUUCGAAUGGAACAGGAAGAUGAUUUUAUAACCUGGACACAGUUAGCAAAGUGCUUGCACAUCUGGGACCUAGAUGUCCGCGGUAACCACAAAGGCAUGUGGAGGCUGUUCAGAAAAAAGAACCACUUGCUUGUUGUGGGGACACCUUCCUCUCCUUAUUCGGCAAAUAAGCCUGCAUCAGUUAUGCCAAUAUAUCUUGAGCCACCUCCAAAAGAAGAUGUGGAAAUGAACUGAAGAGGACAAUCAAGAAAUUUAAUAAUGACUAUUCUUGACUACUUUAUGCCACUAUAUUUAAUGUACUGUUAUCAUGAUGUUUACAUGUUAAAUGAACUGCUUCAACAAAAGAAAACAAAGUUAGAAAUGGCUAAUACUUGAUUAAUUGUAAAGCUAUUAUAGAUUUAGUUUUAUAAAUUAUGGAUUGAUAUAUUUAUUUUACCUGAAUGCUGAAACCACAUUUUCUGAAAUAGAACAUGAGAACAUAAGAAAUAGGAGCAGGAGUUGGCCAUCUGGCCUGUUGAGCCUGCUCUGCCAUUAAAUAAGAUCAUAGCUGAUCUGGCCAUGGUCACCUACCAGCCUUUUUUCCAUAACCCUCAAUUCCCUUACUAUGCAAAUAUCUAUCCAACCUUGUCUUAAAUAUAUUGACUGAGGUAGCCUACACUGUUUCACUGGGCAUAGAAUUCCAUAGAUUCACCACUCUCUGGGAAAAGCAGUUCAUCCUCAUCUCCGUCCUAAAUCUACUCUCCUGAAUCUUGAGGCUAUGUCAUCUAUUUUUUGUCUCACCUACCAGUGGAAACAACUUCCCUGCCUCUCUCUUAUCUAUUCCUUUCAUUAUCUUACUUACCUCUAUAAGAUCUCCUCUCAUUCUUUCGAAAUCCAGUGAGUACAAUCCCAGAUGACACGAAUCUCUCUUCAGACUAACACGCUCAUCUGUGGAAUCAACCUGGUGAGCCUCCUCUGCACCGCCUCCAAAGCCAGUAUAUUCUUCCUCAAGUAAGGAGACCAGAAUUGCAAGCAGUACUCCAGGUGCGGCCUCAUCAGUAUCCUGUACAGUUGCAGCAUAACCUCCCUGCUCUUAAAUUCAAUCUCUCUGGCAACAAUGAAGGCCAACGUUCCAUUUGCCUUCUUGAUAGCCUGCUGCACUUGCAAAGCAACCCUUUGCAAUUCAUGCACAAGCACUCCAAGUCCCUCUACACAGCAGUAAUCUGCCAUCUUUAACCAUUUAAAUAAUAACCUGCUCUUCCAUUUUUCCUUCCAAAGUGGAUGACCUCGCAUUUACCAAGAUUGUACUCCAUCUGCCAGACCCUUGCCCUCUUUAACCUCUCUCUAUCUCUCUGCAGACUCUCCGUAUCUUCUGUACAAUUAGCAAUGCCAAUCAUGUGGUUAGAUAGUUUAACUGAUGUAUCCAAGAGAUUAUGAAUGGGGUUCUGAUUUAUUCAAGCUAAAUGUAGUUGUUGAAUUUGACAAAACAGAUUUCUUCAAACUAGUGUAUUUUCUUACACCACAAGUGUUUCUACUGUAAUUAUCUUGCUGAAUUUUGUACAGAUUGUUAGCCAGAAUUUUAUCUCAAAGCUCUAUCAUGUCUUCAAAUUCUAGAAAUAUGUUAAGUAUUAAAUAUGUUAAGCUAUUGAGGUUUUUUAAAAAAAGAUAGGGAUUUGUGUAUUAGGAGUAAAACUAAAAAAGAAAGAUCUAUUAUCCUGCUGGACUGAUGUAUUUAAAAGAAAGCACUAACAUUAAGGAGCAGGACAAUCUAACACUAAUUUUUGUUAACUGGAAUUGCCAGGUUGUUAUUUAAUUAACCUCAACUUGGACUUAUUAUUUCCUGACCUGUUUUAUAUAAAAGAGGAGCUUGAUUAUUUGCUUAU